AUGGAGAUGGUUAAGUUUUUUCACAUGAAUGGAGGAGCUGGAGGUGCAAGUUAUUCAAAUAAUUCUGGACUUCAGAAAAUGGGGAUCUUGAAGACGAAAGGGAUGAUUGAAAAAGCAGUGACUGACCUGUGUUACAGCAAUGUCAACUUUCCAAAAACCCUAACAAUGGCUGAUCUUGGAUGUUCCUUGGGACCAAACACCCUUCUUGUGGGAUCCAUGCUCAUCAAUGCAGUAGCCAAGGCUAGCCUCAAAAUGGGCCAUAAAUCUCCUGAAAUCCAAAUCAACUUGAACGAUCUUCCAACCAACGAUUUCAAUACCAUAUUCUCUUCAUUACAAGAAUUCCAAGAAAGUUCAAUCAUCGGGGAUGUUCAUCCUCUACCCUCAUAUUACUUUACUGGGGUGCCUGGAUCAUUUUUUGAAAGGCUCUUUCCAAGGAAAACUCUACAUUUUAUCCACUCUUCCUAUGGUCUCCAAUGGCUGUCCCAGGCUCCACGAGUAGGAGACAUUAACAAAGGGAGCAUAUACUUAUCAAGUACAACCCCAGAAAGUGUAACAAGGAUGUACUACGAACAAUUUCAGAAAGAUUUCUUGACCUUUUUGAGGUGUCGAUCAGAGGAGAUGGUGGUUGGAGGGCAUAUGGUUUUGACAUUAUCAGGAAGAAAAACUGAUGAUCCUUGUGACGAAGAAAGCUAUUACCUGUGGAGGCCAUUUUCUAUGGCUCUUGAGGACAUGGUAUCUGAGGGUCUUAUAGAUGAAGCGGAACUGGAUUCGUUCAACCUUCCUCAAUAUACAGCAUCCCUAAAUGAGAUCAAGAACUUGGUGGAGAAAGAAGGUUCCUUCAUAAUCGAUGACAUGGAGCUUUUCGACGUAGACUGGACGGCGUGGGAGAAAACCGAGUACGGUAAUGAUGCAAAACGUGGCGUGGCAUUGGCUAUUAGAGCUGCGAUUGAGCCGUUGGUUUCUAAUCACUUUGGUGAGGCAAUACUUGAUGAUGUUUUCAUGAGGUAUGAGAAGUUUCUUACAAAUAGACUGCCGUGCAAGGAGAAGGAAGCUCUUGUUACGAUAAGUGUUUCCUUGAUCAGAAAAAUGUGA